AGCGAGACGAAACACGUAGUCUCACAUCACAUGGAUCAAUAAUUUUCUUACCGCUCCGUUAAGAAACGAAAAAGGAAGAACUAAUUCAAUUCAAAUCAAAUCCAUUGUUGCUUUCUUCAAAUCUCAGCUACUUUGAUUCUCCUCUCCUCAGAAUCGAUAAGAAACUUGUUUCGAUGGUGCAAACACCCAAUUCACAGCCUUCUGAAUUAACCACUCCCUUAAUUCCACAGGCACAACCCCAGGAAGAUGGUUUGACAAAUGAUGGGCUGAUUCCUCAAAUAUUUUCAUCUGUGCCAGCUCUCAGUGAUGCUGCUUCUUAUCUUUCACAAACAACAUCAUACUUAGCUGGUUGUUUCUCCGACUAUUCAGUAGAACGGUCCCCAAGAGAGUCUGGUGCUUCUGACAUUCGUGCACAAGAGCAUAUGACUUUUUCUUCCGCAGAAACCGAAGCAUCUUCAUCUACUGAUACUAAUCAUAUUUGUUCAAACAUAAAUAAUUUAACAAGUGUUGAAUCCUCUAGCACUUCAACUUCCGCAGCUCUCCGUAUAUAUGAUGAAAACACAAGGAUUUCUACCAGAGAUCCAUUACUGAAUUCCAGUACACUUGUUGCAACAAAUAAUACUGGACAAGGUGGAAUUUCCAUUUUCCGAAGCCUGAUUGACCGCGCUCGAAGAACUGUUCGUGGAUCUGCAGAUGACAUAGGGUGGCUUCAACAUGCUCAAGGAAUGCCUCCGGUUGAAGAUGGAACAGAGAGGUUCCAGGAAAUUCUUGACAACAUCAAGCACGGUGUUCACAAGUUACCAAAUUCAGUGGUUUAUUUAUUAAUUCCAGGUCUUUUUAGCAACCAUGGUCCACUUUACUUUGUGAGUACGAAAGUCUGUUUUUCAAAAUUAGGUUUGGCGUGUCAUAUUGCGAAGAUUCAUAGUGAGGCUUCAGUUGAGAAAAAUGCCAGAGAGAUAAAAGAGUAUAUUGAGGAAAUUUAUUGGGGUUCAAAGAAACGUGUUUUGCUUCUUGGACAUAGCAAGGGAGGAGUAGAUGCAGCCGCUGCUUUAUCAUUGUACUGGCCUGAUUUAAAAGAUAAAGUUGCUGGGUUGGUAUUAGCACAAAGUCCCUAUGGUGGUACUCCUAUAGCUUCAGAUCUUCUGCGAGAAGGACAGCUUGGUGAUUAUGUGAAUAUACGGAAACUCACUGAGAUUCUUAUCUGUAAAAUUAUUAAGGGAGACAUGAGAGCCUUAGAAGACUUGACAUAUGAAAGGCGGAGGGAAUUUUUACAGAAGCAUCAUUUGCCAGACGAAGUCCCUAUUGUUUCCUUUCGCACUGAAGCUGGCAUUUCGCCUGCUGUUUUAGCCACAUUAUCUCAUGUUGCUCAUGCUGAACUACCCAUGGUUGCUUCAGCUGGUGAAAGUACAAAACUCCCUGUCGUGAUGCCACUAGGUGCUGCUAUGGCUGCUUGUGCACAGUUACUGCAGGUGAGGUAUGGUGAGAAAAGUGAUGGACUUGUGGCUUGCCGAGAUGCGGAAGUACCUGGAUCUGUUGUGGUGCGACCUAAACGAAAAUUAGACCAUGCCUGGAUGGUUUAUUCGUCGCUAAAUGAUGAUCUUACCGAAGGAGAUGCAUCACAGGUAUGUGAGGCUCUCUUAACUCUACUUGUGGAAAUUGGGCAGAAAAAGAGGCAUGAACUUGCAAUGAAAGAUGAAUGAAAAGCAUACAACUUUUUUCUUCUACGUGUUCAUAUUAAUUUCUCCUAAUCUCUAUUCAAUUUAUUUUUUGUAGUCUAGCCAAUACAAAAUGUUGAAUUAGGAUAAGCUAAGAAUGUAUGUUCUCAUAGAUAUAGCAAAUGAUGUAUAAUGUAUAAGGACUGUUUUCGAUUUGAUGAUAUGAUUUUAGUUGCAAAAGUCUCUAGGCAAACGAUCUAAAGGUAACAACACAUGCUCCUAUUUUGCAUUUUUUUUUCUUUCUUAAUUGCUAUUGAAAUUUAUGGAAA